AUGGACAGCGACGACGACGAGGAUGAGGCGAUGGAGGGGGACGACGGCGGCGGUGACGAUGACUUCUACGUCGACGACUGCGGCCAUGAGGAGGACCCCGUGCGGCGGGAGCGCCCCCUGGAGUUCUCGGCCAUUAAAAAGGAGUCCCUUUCGGUGGCACAGCAACAAGACCUGUCCAUGGUGAUGGGCAUGUUCAACAUAAAGCAGCACCACGCGCGUGCUCUCCUGAUCCACUACCGGUGGGACACAUAUCGCCUCAACGACCACCUGGAGAGGAAAGGGCAAGACCGCAUGCUCAUGGAGGCAGGCGUCGUGUUGCAGCAGGAGAGCAACAGCGUGGUUCCACCACCAGCUGCCUCCAAGAAGAGGAAGCUCUCUCGAAAGAAGGUGACCUGCGAGGUGUGCUUCGAGGACUCCUCCCCGGGUGCCUUCUGGACCAUGGACUGCGGGCACUCCUUCUGCAACGACUGCUGGACGGGACACUUCGUCGCCGCCCUCGACGGCGGCAACAAGCAGAUCCGGUGCAUGGCGUUCAAGUGCCCCGCCAUCUGCGACGAGGACAUGGUGCGGCGCCUCCUCGGCCGGAGGGACCCCGCCGCGGCGGAGCGGUUCCACGACUUCCUCCUCCGGUCGUACGUGGACGACAACAGCGCCGUGAAGUGGUGCCCCAGCGUCCCGCACUGCGGCCGCGCGGUCCGGCUGGCCGCCGCCGACGGGGAGCCGCCGGUGUGCGAGGUGGAGUGCCCCUGCGGCGCCAGCUUCUGCUUCCGGUGCGCGGCGCCCGCGCACUCGCCGUGCCCGUGCGCCAUGUGGGAGCGCUGGGAGGCCAAGGGCCGCGGCGAGGCCGAGAACAUCAAGUGGCUGCUCGCCAACACCAAGAGCUGCCCCAAGUGCUUCAAGCCCAUCAUCAAGGACGGCGGCUGCAACCUUGUGACCUGCAAGUGCGGGCAGCAUCUCUGCUGGCUUUGCGGCGGCGCCACCGGGUUGUCUCACACCUGGACCAGCAUCGCCAACCACAGCUGCAACCGCUUCGAGGCGGAGGAGAAGAAGAAGGUGGACGACGCCAAGCGGCAGGUGCGGCGGUACGAGCACUACUACAACCGGUUCCAGAGCCACGGCGUGUCGUGCCGGGCGGAGCGCGAGCAGCUGGGGCCGGCCGUGGCGGCGCGCGCGGCGAGGCUGGAGUCGCACGGCGGCUCCCUGAUCACGGACGCGUCGUGGCUGGGCAACGCGUACCGGAGGCUGCUGGGGUGCCGCCAGGCGCUGACGCGCUCGUACGUGUUCGCCUACUACAUGUUCGACGGCGAGGAGACGCCGACCCGGCCGCUGGAGCCCGGGAGCCUGUCCAUGGCGCAGCGGCAGGACCUGUUCGAGGACUACCAGGAGCAGGUGGAGGCUAACGUGGAGCGGCUGUCCAGGCUGCUGGCGACGGACGACGCGGCCGAGCUGCCGGAGGAGGAGGAGAUCCUGCGGGUGAGGCAGCACGCCAUCAACCUCACCGGGACCGUCGAGAAGCUGUGCCGGCAGAUGUACAGCUGCAUCCAGGACGAGCUGCUGCCGAUGCUCGUCGAGCCCAUGUCCAUCAUGUCGUACCAGCCCGGCGGCCCCAGCACGGCCAGCGAAUUUCCAGCAUGA